CUGUAGUGUUGACGCCAUACAAAUCAGCUAGGUUGUCACUUGGCUUCACUUUUAUUUAGAGGGAUACAGGAGCCAUGAGUGAGAAAUUCGCAGCAAACACAACGCAGAAAGAGAGAGGGGAAGCCGAAAAGGCCUUUGACUAUUUAAUCGGAGAUGAUUCUACUGCCCCAAGCGUCAUCAUCGACAGGUUUUCCGAAAACAGUCAUCAGUACGAGAAGGUUUUGCUAACGAUGAACUUCUCAGGCCACGUCCAGAGUGCCCAGUCUGCUGCUGAAUGGUUUCCAAGCAACAGAGAGGACGUUUAUGUUCUGGACGUUGCUGCCGGAACAGGACUUUGUGCAGAUAAGCUCUACUCGCACGGUUUUCGCAAAAUAGAUGCAUUAGAACCGUCAGUACAAAUGCUUCAAGAGGCAAAGAAGAAAGGCAUUUAUGGUCGGUACUUUAACGUGAUGCUGGGAGAAAAUAACGUGGACAUUAAAAGUGAUACUUACGAUGCUGUGACUAUAUCGGGGUUGAGCGUUAUGGUAAUGAAAAGAUUGCCAAGAAAAGCAUUUGAGGAGCUUAUCCGAAUUGUAAAACCAGGAGGAUACAUCAUUAAUACAGUUUACCACAAGCUGUUUUCUGACGACGGCGAUGCUGAAGCAGUCAUAUUUCGAGACAACAUGAAGACUUUAGAAUCCCAAGGGAAGUGGAAGCAAGUGGAGCUGAGGCGCUUUAAGGGUUAUGUUAGUGGUGACGAUGGUGCUGUUUUUGUCACCAAAGUCCUUUAAUGCAAAGAUAACAAACAAAAUGUAUCUUGGAACUGUACAUGUGUAUGUGCAAGAAGUCGUAAUGAUGUACUCGUGUAACAAGGUAAUUCAUUAAUAUUUGAUGGCUUGGUGAGAUACAUUGUGCGAAGAAGUAAUGUUCAUAAUCGCUUGAACACGUUAUCUUUUAUUGUACAUGUAUUACUUUGGUUCAAGUUGUAUCUACGUUUGUAAUAAGCACCGUUUCAUUAUACAUAUGGACAUUUUAAACUUCCUUCUGUUCUUUUGCUUCAUCGUAUCUUAUAUUUGUCUUACAAUGUUAGGAAAAGCAGUUGAAGCAACACAUUCCUUGAACGUUAUGAACAUAAAAGCGAUACUUAUAAUAAUCAACGUAAGUGCCGACUAACAGGAUCGGGUGGUCAGGCUCGGUGACUUGGUUGAUGCACGUCAUCGAUCCAAAUUGCGUGGAUCGAUGCUCAUGAUAUCAAAAUGUAUGGAUUGUUUGGUCCAGAA